AUGCCAAAGCUCAUAUUCAGAUACCAAGUUUGUCAUGUCCUCACAAUUAUCCUUGCCUUCGUCAUUUACCCUGCAUUGACACAUGGGAUUUUUCUUGGGGAUGUGGAGUUAUUGAAAGCUCUUCGGCAGUCUCUAAUCUCGAGAAGAAAUGCAAUUCCUAGCUGGUUUGAAUCAGAAACUUCUCCAUGCAAUUGGACUGGGAUUAGAUGCGAAGGUGCAGUUGUUAGGCAAAUAGAUUUAUCUUGUACAAAUUCACCUCUAAGUCUUCCUUUUCCUGUUCUUAUUGGUGAAUUUAAAUCUAUUAAGUACCUGAAUCUCAGCCAUUGUGCCCUUACGGGUGGUUUCCCUGAAAGUGUUUGGAAUUUAGAGAAUAUAGAGAGUCUGGACGUGAGUGACAAUAGACUGACUGGAAUGCUUCCUCCAACUAUAUCCAACCUCAACAAUCUCAGACAACUGGUGCUUGAUGACAAUAGCUUUUCUGGAAGUUUUCCAUCAGCAAUAGGCUUGCUUGAAGAAUUGUUGGAACUCUCGGUCCAUGGAAAUUUGUUUUAUGGGAAUAUUCCUGAAGAGCUUGGGAAUUUAAAGAAAUUGCAGUCUCUUGACCUCAGUGUAAAUAAUUUCUCUGGAAGAUUACCUUCCAGUUUUGGCAAUUUCACCAGGCUACUAUACUUUGAUGCUCGACAAAACAAACUCUCAGGGCCAAUAAUUCCAGAGAUUGGAAACUUAAGGAGGCUCAGAACUCUUGAUCUCUCAUGGAAUUCAUUAACUGGACCUCUGCCAAUAACAAUUGGGAACCUGAAACACCUUCAGUCACUGGAUCUGCAAAACUGCAGAAUUAGCGGUAAUAUUCCUGAAGAAAUAACAGAGCUUAGAAGCUUGACUUACUUGAAUCUUGCAGAGAACAUUUUUAAGGGAGAACUGCCUGAAAGUGUGGGUAGGCUAACAAACUUAAAUUAUCUCAUUGCUCCAAAUGCUGGACUAACUGGAAAAAUCCCUCCACAGUUGGGAAACUGCAAGAGGCUGAAGAUCAUCAAUCUGUCCUUUAACUCCUUAUCUGGUCCAUUACCUGAAGACCUUGCAGGACUGGAGUCAAUUAGUUCUGUCCUCCUUGAUUCUAAUUGUUUGUCAGGUCCUGUGCCUGGGUGGAUUUCUAAUUGGAAAGAAGUAGAGUCCAUAAUACUCUCAAAGAACCUCUUAAGUGGAUCCUUACCACCACUUGAUCUGCCUUUAAUGUCAUCACUUGAUCUUAGUAGUAACAAGCUGUCUGGGGAAUUGCCAUCUGAAAUUUGCAAUGCUAAGUCCCUAAGCAAUCUGCAGUUGUCUGAUAACAACUUCACUGGUAGCAUAGACAAAACUUUCAGCAAUUGUUUGAGCCUCACAGAUUUGGUGUUGUCUGAAAAUGGUCUGUUUGGAGAAAUACCUGCCUAUCUGGGGGACCUUCAGCUUAUUACCUUGGAGCUUUCAAAAAACAAGUUUUCUGGAAAGAUUCCCGAUCAGUUAUGGGAAUCAAAGACGCUGAUGGAGAUCUCACUGAGCAACAAUAUGCUUGAAGGUCCAAUUCCCAGUGCAAUUGCCAAGGUUUCAACCCUGCAGAGACUGCAACUAGAUAAUAAUCUCUUUGAAGGAAGUAUUCCUGUGAGCAUUGGGAAAUUGAAAAACCUCACUAAUCUUUCUUUACAUGGCAACAGAUUAACUGGAGAGGUUCCCUUGGAGAUUUUUGAGUGUACGAAACUGGUUUCUCUGGACCUUGGGGCAAACAGACUGACAGGUCCCAUUCCAAAAUCCAUAUCUCAACUGAAGCUACUUGACAACCUUGUCUUGUCCAACAACCAAUUUUCUGGUUCUAUACCUGAGGAGAUCUGCUCUGGGUUUCAGAAGGUGCCUUUACCAGAUUCUGAGUUCGUUCAGCACUAUGGAAUGCUUGAUUUGUCCAAUAAUGAUCUUGAGGGCCAAAUUCCUGCAUCAAUCAAUAAAUGCAUUGUCGUGUCGAAAUUAAACUUGCAGGGGAACAGACUCAAUGGGAGCAUUCCAUUUGAAAUUUCUGGCUUGCCAAACUUGACAUCGGUCGAUCUGUCUUUCAACAGUCUGACAGGUCCCAUCUCUCCUCAUUUGACCUCGAUGAGCCUUCAAGGUCUGAACCUUUCACAUAACCAGAUCAAAGGCGCAAUUCCAGAAAAUUUUGGGUCUAAAAUGUCAAGUCUGGUGAAGCUUGACCUUUCACAUAAUCUGUUAUCUGGUCCAUUGCCGCCUUCAAUAUUCAAUAUAGUAAGUUUGACAUUUUUGGACAUCAGCCAGAAUUCUCUCUCUGGAACUGUGUCUGUUGGUCCUGGAAGCACCAGUUCUCUUUUAUUCCUAAAUGCAAGUUUUAACCAACUCUCUGGCAACCUUUGUGACUCUCUCUCUAAUUUGACAUCUCUUUCCAUGUUAGACCUCCACAAUAAUACAAUAACAGGCACUCUGCCUUUGUCUCUUUCAUCUCUUGCUGCCUUGACAUAUCUUGACUUAUCCAACAACAAUUUCCAGAGUUCCUUUCCUUGUAACAUAUGUGAUAUAGAAGGCCUUGCCUUUGUUAAUUUUUCUGGCAACAAAUUCACAGGCAAUGUACCUGAUACUUGUAAGGAUACUGAAAUUUGCCUGCUAAACCAGAAUAUUUUCCUGCCUAGACAUCGGGAUUCAUCUCCGGUAAUUUUAUCUCAUGCUUCUGUAUUGGGUAUUGCCCUUGGUGCCACACUUGUUUCCCUGAUCAUCCUCAUUGGUCUUGUGAGGUGGAGAAUGCUGAGACAAGAAGCCAUGCUACUUGAAAGAGGCAGCAAUAAGAUUGUUGGAGCAACUGAGCCAGCGUCAUCUGAUGAGCUUUUGGUGAAGAAGCCAAAAGUACCUCUGAGCAUCAAUAUUGCAACUUUUGAGCACUCUUUAUUGCGGAUAAAUCCUGCAGAUAUUUUAUCAGCUACUGAAAACUUCAGUAAAAGCUACAUUAUUGGUGAUGGUGGAUUUGGAACAGUUUAUAAAGCUUCUCUGCCAGGUCGGACAUUUGCUGUCAAAAGACUUAAUGGAGGUCACUUGCAUGGUAAUCGCGAAUUCUUGGCUGAACUGGAGACACUUGGAAAGGUAAAUCAUCAAAAUUUAGUUCCAUUGCUGGGCUACUGUGUCUUUGCAGAUGAGAGGUUCUUAAUAUACGAAUACAUGGAGAAUGGAAGCCUUGACUUUUGGCUAAGGAAUCAGGCAGAUGCAAUUCAAGCCCUUGAUUGGCCUACUAGGUUCAAGAUUUGUCUUGGUUCAGCACGAGGUCUUGCGUUUCUACAUCAUGGAUUUGUUCCUCACAUCAUUCACAGGGAUAUAAAAUCCAGCAACAUACUCUUGGACAGAAAUUUUGAACCAAGAGUAUCGGAUUUUGGCCUGGCACGGAUCAUCAGUGCAUGUGAGACUCAUGUAUCCACCGUUCUUGCUGGUACGUUUGGAUACAUCCCACCAGAGUAUGGUCAGACCAUGAUGGCUACAACCAAAGGUGAUGUUUACAGCUUUGGGGUGGUGAUACUGGAGCUGCUGACAGGAAAAGCGCCAACUGGACAAGCUGAUAUUGAGGGAGGAAAUCUUGUUGGAUGGAUGAGGUGGAUGGUUGCAAGGGGAAGGGAGUCUGAAGUACUAGACCCUUAUCUCUCUGCUUCUUCAGCAGCGUGGAAAACUCAAAUGCUAGAAGUUCUUGCAAUUGCCAGAAGGUGCACCUGUGAUGAGCCAUGGAAGAGGCCUACAAUGCUUGAAGUUGUGAAGCUGUUGAAGGGGGCAAAGACCUACGGUUGAACUUGUGCUGUUUGAUUGAAAUCAAACA